AUUACUGAGAGUUAGAAUUUCCCUUUCAUUAAGCAAAGAAAAAAGAAAAAAGUAGGGAGUAUUUCUGUGUGCAGAUUUUUAAAAUCCCCCAUUUAAUUUCUCCGUGCGUCAACUACUCUUCACUUUUCGUUUCUUGUUAGUGACAAAGUGACAACUACCAUUGAGCGUACGAUGCCACAGGUAGAUCUGGAAACUAUAGUUUCCGCCUGCGCCGGAGGCUCCAGCGACCGCAAAAUCACGUGCGAAACCCUAGCCGACACCGGUGACGAUGUACCUCCGGAUUUCCCGCCGGAAUCCUUCUGGCUUUCCAAGGACGCAGAGCUUGAGUGGUUUGACCGGAACGCUUUCAUCGAGCGGAAGGAUUCUACUAAAGGAAACAACGCUAAUUCGGCGAACCUAAAUCCCAACUUGAUCCAUGGAUACAACUCCAGUUCUCAACGAUUCUCUCACAACUUGAAGUCUAAAGCGUCUAUUUUCACCCUACUAAAGCCGCAAAAGCCGAAUUAUGCCGAUACCAAGAACCGCAGGAACUGUAAGCAAGGAAACACUCCCUUGUUCCCUAAGCGAUCCGGAUCUGCCGUUAAAUCGGACUCUUCGCUAGUCGAGCCGUCUUCGCCCAAGGUUUCUUGUAUGGGAAGAGUAAGAUCCAAGAGAGAUCGAAACCGUCAGUUGAGGAAUCGGCAGAAGUCAUCUGAACGGGGGUCUAAAAAGGACUCUGAGCGGCGAUCCAGUGAGGAAAAACCUGUGGAGAGACAGAGGAAUGGAUUCUUUGCAGGUUUCCGGGCAAUUUUCCGGUCCACUCGUAGAGACAAAGAAAAGAAGGACGAGUCACACAGGCUCUCACCGUCAGCAAAGAGCUCAGCGACAAAAACUAGUGAUAUUAGGAGCCGUUUACCACCCAGUGAUCCCGACAUAGAGUCACCGGCGAGACGGAAGUCAUCGGACAGAGCGCAUGACGUUGGUGAACCGACGGCCGAGUCGGUUGGAUUGGGCGGAAUGAAACAGUUCACUUCUGGUAGAAGAGCGGAGUCUUGGGGCACCGUAAUUGACGUGGCGUGACUGCGUGUGGUAGGUUGUUUGAUCGGUGAUGCCAUGCUGGUCACGGCCUGCGUGUGGGCCCAGCUACAGAGUUGGUAUGGGCCGUAUGGGUCGUGACUUGGGUGUCCGUGGUUUAUAGAGGUAAAAGCCCCGUAGAAGCAACAAAUUAUGAAAUGACAGCUCUCUCCCCUGUUUCGUUUGUCUUUUUAUGUCUACGUUUUGUUUCUUCUAGAAUUUGAGGAGUUAAAAGCAAUACGUUUUGUAAAUAUGUAUUGCAAGUGUAUUUCGAAGGAGCCUGUGUGUUGCUUGUAUGAAAUGGACCUAGCUACUAAUAAAAAGUAUAAAACAAUG